GAGGGCUACCAUUAACUGAAGCAGGCAGCUAUGCGAGGGCAGACUGGGCAGUGGUUUCCUGCGAUAAAUGAGGGGUCCGAGUCUGUGAGUUUUGUUAUCGCCUGAACAAUUAAACACUGUAAGCUGGUUAAAAACAGUGUCGACACAGCGCAAACACUGGUAAAAUGACGGCGCGGAGCGAUCGGAUUCUCUUCACGUGUCUAAUUUUGGAUCUGCUUUCGAGGUUGUAUGCGUUGGAUGAUAUUUCCAUCAGUGUUGGGAAUCACACCGGACCAAUGAUAGUGGGCGAGGAGUAUGAGCUCCAGUGUGACGUUCGCACUGUGGCCAAGAGUGGUGUUGUGAGAUUUUACAGAAGACAGCAUCUAGUGAAUGAAACAAUCUUCACUGACACAUUCAAUACUUCAGACAGAAAUACAUAUAAACUCCAGAUCCAUCCAAAAAAAACUGAUAAUGGAGCUCAGUACUGGUGUGAAGCAGAGCUGGAACUACCUCAACCUCCUCAUAAAGUCACAUCAAAAUCUCUGAGCAUUACUGUACAUUUUAAACCGAUCAUCAAUGAGACCAAAUUGCUUUCCAAAGUGCCUGUGUUUCGAGGAUAUCCAGUGGUGAUUGUUUGCGAAGCCGAGGGAAACCCAAAACCAAAAAUCAGCUGGAAUCUCAGCACAACUAAUAAAGUUGAUGGUGAAACUCUUAAUAUAACAGAAUCAACACCUGAGGAUCUGCUCUGCAUUGCAAUUAAUUCAGUUGGCAGCACCAUCAGACAUGUAAAAGUGGUAUUAAAAGAGGAUUACCUGCCUUUAAUAGCAGGACUUGUUGCCAUCACAGUGGCGUUCAUCUCUGUCAUCUUCAUCUUCAUCUACUCUAUCUACUACAAAAAGGCCAAGAUGGGCCGUUAUAACCUGAAGGAUGCCAAGCUUAGUCCACAAAAUGGAGACAUAGCGCAGAAUGGCAAAGACAAUAGUAUACCUAUGAAGAAACUCUCUCAGUCCAAUAUCCUUGCUUAGGUUAUGAAUCCCUGGGUUUGUUGCAUCUGCCGAGCCCCACUGUCCACAUUGGGCAACGUUUUUUUUUUUUUACACUGGAUGUCUCUUGGCCUCUGUUCUGGGGCUAGUCUCUUCAUGGCUUCAUUAUAUUUAUUUUAUGGAGAAUUGGUGCAUUCGCUUCUCUCUUAUAUCCAGUGUUAUUCAACUGCUAAUUGCAAAGCAACGAAAUAAACGUUUUAGUUUCCCGCAAUCUGCUGUUUAAAUGCCCAAUGGAAAAUAUCUGACAGAACAAAAACGUUGAGGUGAUGGCAAAGAAAUGCUGAAUGAAUUUCAAGUUAAAGGACAUUAACUUGAAAUUGAAAACGUCCUGCAUUGGACGUUUUCAGGAUCUUAAUGAUUCUCUACAAUAUUCUUCGACUACAAAGGGAUAUUACUUGGUUAAUUAAUAUUUGCUUUGCACACUAGUUUAAGGGAAUCACACACUUUUAAGCUCUUGUUCGAUUGUGUAACAAAACUUUUCUUUUGUAUAUGUCCCAGGCACAUUGAUCAGAUUAUGUUUUGUCAAAUGCUAUACAUAUAUUGAGAAAGACACCAUUGUUGAGUCUUUUACUCUGUUAUUCCUUUAAAGUUUCAGUUCUUCUGGAGAAUCAGCACUUUAGAGGUGGUUGACUGUGAAGAAGUGAAAGUUCUUCUCUCAUGUUGAACCUGUGGGAAAGUAUCUUGAUGCAUUUCUGAAAAUUCUCUCAGGCCUCAUAGUAUGUAAAAAAACAACAACAACAACAACGCUGGACAUAAAAUAAGUGUGCCAGUUUUAUGGCUCAAGUAGUUUAAUGAUGUUAAAAGCAUAGUUAACUAAAAAAUGACAAGUCUGGCAUCAUUAC